GAGGGGCCGAAGCGAGUGGCGGUGCCAAUUGUGGUGAUGCAGGACCACACUCGCGAUCUGGAGGACGAGCGCUCCUCCCCCUCCCGCUGGGUGGACACGGAUGCCGUACAGAUGGCGCUGGACGAGCUGCUGCCCGCGCACGUGCAGGGGGCGGUGUCUGUGAGCCGCCACCUGUUGAGCCAUCACAAGGAGCUGGCGGCGGCACUGGUGAAGGCACGGCAGUCCAGGUCCGCCGCCGUGCUAGCUCAGCCCCCCUCCUCCGGCCUGCACCGCAGCCUCACCUCUUGGCUGUCCCCGCGCGCACUGCUGCGGGAGGUGCGCCGGGCGCUGCGGGACGAGGAGCUGCUGGCGGGUCUGGCGCCGGCGGUUGGGGAGGACUACGUGGCGAUGCUGGGGGAGAUGGAGGACGUGGGGGAGUUUAUUGAGGGGAAGCGGCACGAGACCAAGGUCCUGCCCGUGUUCGUGUUCUCGCUGGAGCGCGCCCCGGACCAGCUGCUGCUUGAGGGCGGGCAGCUGGCGGCGGCGGGACCGGACGUGGUGGCGGUGCUGCAGCUGCUGGGCAGUCCCUCCCUGGAUGACUACUCCCGCGGCCGUGUCUACAGCGGCCACAUGAGCGAGGGCCACCACCUGCUGAUGGACGCGGGGGAGGCGCCCACGCGCGCCAUCAUCGCCGGCCUGGCCACCGCGCUGGGCGGGGUGGUGCCUCCGCAGCAGCGGGUGUGUGGCGCGGAGGGGCAGGUGGUGGAGGACUGGCGCUGGGCGGUGGGGGCGGUGCCCUGGGGACCGUACGGCAACUACACGGGGAUCAGCUCCAUCUUCGCCGCCACCGUGCACCGCAACCUGCUGCUAGCGCGCAUAGAGCGGCCGCUGAGGCGCCUGAUCGCCUCCCUGGAGCGGCUGGACGCCUUCAUUGCGACACACCUGCAGGGACCCUUCGCCUUCCUGCACCGCAAGCAGCCCCACCCCUCCGCCUCCUCCUCGGAUACGGACUCGGUGUCCUUCUCUCGGAUGCUGCCGCAGCACCACUUGCUGGACGAUCUGGCCAGGCAGCACCUGCGCUACCAGAACGACUCCUCCCCCGCCGCCCUCCUGCGCUCCCUGGUCGCCCCCGCCGCCGCACUCAAGGCCCGCCUCACCUCCGCCGCCUCCUCCAACACCUCCUCCUCCCCCACCUCCUCGCCUCACGAGGAGGCGGGCGGGGACCAUGGGGAGCAUUACCACAGUGAUGGAGGAGAGGAGGGGCAGCAGCAGAAAGAGGGGCAACAGCAGCAGCAGCAGCAGGGGGUGGAGGACCUGGUUGCGGACCAGCAGGUGCUCAGUCCCAACGUGGCGCAGAGGCUCAAGGAGUCUCUGGACCGCAUCGGAGAGCAGUUGGAGCAAAUCGGCUUCCUCCUGUACAGUCGCAGCUGGGCCGAGCUAGAUGACCAACUGCCCCUGCUGGCGGCCGCCGUGGACGCCUUCACAGCAGCUGUGGACUCGGAUCUCCGUACGGCAACUGAAGUACUCGAAUGCUGCGCAGUACGACACGAACCGUACGGCAACAGCGGCAUGUGGUUUGCCGUACUUGUGAUCGUGCUGGCUUUGGUUGGGUUUGGGGUAGCUGCGGGGGUUGCGAUUCGGAGUCAAGAGGUG